AUGUAUGGUAAUAGUGAGAUGCAAUCGUUUUCGGAAGUGUCCGGAGGGGCGGGCGGGGGCGCGGGGGCGGCGGGGGCGGCGCGUGGCGGCCAUGCUAAUUGCCCCCAUUCAAAUCGCAGUCUCUCAUAUCCAAUAGAGGGUGGAUUAAAGAAGUCCUUGCAACCCGCCCUGCAGCGCGCCGUCGCUGCACUCGCGGACGACGACGACGACAAAGGCGAGGAUACACGUACG